GGAUACUCUAGUUUCACCGUUGAGAAACAUCAACAUAGUAACCCGGGAAAGGCAACCGCAAGGGCGGGUGGACACAUUUAAUCGAAAGAAUCCUUCAGUUACACGGAUUUGACGUUAUCGGAAUAAACGGUGGAACAAUGGGCAUAUUUCGCGGGAAAAGUUUAUAGUUAAGUUGGUCAAGCCCCUGGCUAACAUUUAACUGCUAACAUUAGCUUGCUAAUGCUAACGUUAGCAAAUAGAUAGCUUAACGCAACUGAAGGAGAAGUCUAGAGAAGUUGGGAUUUUUCUAUCAUGAGGACAUUAGCGUGAAUGUGGACAUCUAGACACGUCGGAUCGUUUCCCUAAAGGUGAACGGGAGAGAUGAGGAGCAGUAGGAGGACUGAAGCUUCUGUAAAACAUCCCUCUGAACUGCUUACUGAUCACAGUGUUGUCAGAACUGACGAGUGCAUGGAAAAGUUUAUCCCAGUCCAAAGCUGCUCUGCGGCAUAUAGAAAACCGUACAGAAGCUACUCCGGGAACAGGAGUUCUUUUGGAUUCCAUCAUCGACCCCCACAAGAAGAAAUCCACCAAGACUGUACAACACAGGGAAGGGCGGAAAGUCGAUGACCCUCAAGGGCCUUCCAAAGCCAGGGGAGGAAGCCAGCAGAGUCCAGCAAAGAGCAGCUCACGCAGCCCACUGAGAAAUACCACCCAGGACAGCAAUGUCAGGAAGAACGGCAGCGUGGAGUUCAGGGAGCCGCUGGCCUCGUACAGAGAGGCCACCCCUCCACCACAUCGCAGCUCUCAGCUGGAAGCCUACAAUCUGCAAUCUGUGCCAGGGUCUUCAUGCCCAUCCUCUUCGCCUCAGUCAGAGGUUCUGCUCAGCCGCGUGGUCUAUGAGAGGGACAACAGGGACAAACAGACAGACCGGGAUCUGGACAGCACGCAGUCCUCUGCUGUGGGCAGCACAGAGGUGCGCUACCUCAAUGACCAGCCAGCCUUGGAUGUCUUAAAGACUGAGGAUAAAACCCUGAAAGCACAACUUGGUAUGGAUAGCCAAGAGUCAUGUCCACAUGUAGCUCCCACCCCGGGCUCCUCGCACCAACGGGACAGUACCCCCUCCAGCAGCCCUGGCUCAGCCUCCCAGCGGUUAGAGAACCUAAGGCGCCAUCAACCGGACAAUAAAUUGGAGAAGCUUAAAGAGCGCAUUCGAAGGCAGAGACAACAUUUGGAGGAGUCUGCAGAGAGAGAUAAGCUUCAGGGUCACCAGGAACAACCCAUAGUGGCAUCUGCUGAGAGCAGAAAUGUUGCUUCCAGCAGCAUGCCAUCGGCAAAAAUCCGCAAAGUAACGGCUGCACCCCCUGCCCGCAUGUACAAAGGUUUCAGUAGUACCGAGAUAAAAAUCCGAACUCCUGAUGGGAAAGUUUGGAAGGAGGAGGACUUCCAUAACUUUAGUAGGGAAAUCUACAAAGACCUGUCACGCCAGUUUGCGGAGAGUUCCAGAUCCAAGCAUCACGAGCAGAGAGAACUGAGAGGAGAGAGGGCCAAAGAAAAGAGGCCAUCCAAACCAGUCAGGAAGGUCCACCGAGCUGCCCCUGUCUCUGACCCAAAUUCAAAACCAGCAAUUAGCCCAGCAUCAUGGCGGGAGGGCCAGAAGCUGGUCAAGAUGGUCCUGGGUCCAGCUCAGAAGCCCCGCAGGGAGGAGCAGAGUUCCUGUUCAAACGACAGACGGAGUCAGACAGCUGCCCGUCAUCCACAUUCAGAAGCAGACAGACGGUCUCUCCCAAACGGCACAGAGAAGAUGCACAGUGGAUUUCAGGGGAGAACCACAAGCCAGCCUGCGACUCCCUACAAGCCCUCGUCUGCCGCCCAGGAUACGACCCCGCUGGGAGUAAACACAGAUCUUCUGUCAGCAGACAUCCAAGGGAUCCUCGAAGACCUACAGCUGGAUCUCAAGCCAGCUGAGAAGGAGGAGAGAGCUCGUAAAAGGUCCCGUGGUGGCAGCGGUGGUAGGAAAGGGCGGGGGGGCUCGGGUUCUCGAACAAGGGCCUCAGUUUCAGCGUGGGGAACUACGGUGGCAGCAGGCGGUGUCUCGAGAGGCUGUCGCAGUGCCAGCCCCACAACACGGCGCUCAGAAAGCAGCCACCCGGCUGACAGAGGGCAGAAGAAACGGCACUAUGAUGCCGACACCGUUCGCCAGUACAUCGCACGACAACAAGAGGAGAGAAAGAGGCGGCAGGCCGAGGAGAAAAGGGCGAUGAGGGAGGAGGCCGAGAGGAGAAGUCAGAGACUGCAGGAGCUCUACAGGAAGCAGAGAGAAGUUGCUAAAACCGUGAUCCCUGGCUUAGAGGCCACGGUGGCACCUGUCCAGAAGCGACUGCAGGAAACCUACAACAAACUGCUCCUGGAUGAGGUCUAUCUGGAGGAGGAGACCUCACAGACACACGUUGCUCCCUCCAUCCAAAUGAGACCAAUGUACCAGCCAUCAGGAGAAUCGGACAAAGAGAACAAGAGACAGGAGACUCCACAAAGCCCCUCCAGCAGUGAUAAAUCUCUGAACGAUCAGCCACCGCCUCCAUUAUCCAGGGAUGAUCUGGAUAUCAGAGAAAUCUCACUGCUUCGUCCGGCUGUUCAACCUCCCACAGGUCCAAGCACCAGCACUGUCCAAGCUCCCUCCAAUGAGUAUCUAUUUUCUCAGCUUUUAAGGCUCGACGCAGCCGUGGCGGCGGGUAAAAUGAAGUACGGUGUCCAGCCAGCCACCUCUCCCUCACACAGGCCACUGUCGAAAAUAUCCCGCAUUGAGGCCCUCAAGGCCAAAGCAACAUCUCUGUCCAACCGCAUUGAGAGUGAAGCUCGGAAGCUAGCUGGACAGGGCAUGAACUAUGGCGACGCCACAUCAAUGGAUGCUGAUGCCAUUAUGGCUCCCAGAACGUCUGCUCUUGAUGUGUCUGUUCAUGCUACCGAAAAUGGCGACAUGCCUCUCAGGGUCCAGGGCUUUUUCUCACACCCAGAUCAGAAUUCAUACGGUGGAAUAGCUUUUCCUGGAGCAGGCGCCUUCCAUGACUUUAGAGGAAAGAGAGAAACGACGCACACCACUUUCACCCAGUCGCAUAUGGUGUCCAGUGACGUUAAAGGGCCGGCGCAUGAAAAGAAGAGGCUAUUCUCUGGCCUGGACACGGAAGAGAACGCAGAUAAAGUAGCACUUAAGACAAAAGAUUGCACCUUAGAGAAUAAUGCAGAUCCCCUAGACUCAAGUGCUGGUUCCAUCAGCGAGGGUCCUCUUCUAAGUGAAGGGAGCUUUUCUGAGGAGGGGGCGAGCCCUCCACACCCCUCCCACAGUCACGUGCCUGUACCGGAUCGGCUCCAGGCAACAGAGUGCAGCGCGAGUCUUCAGCGGCUGAUGGAGUUCCAGAAGGAGGCCGCCAGGUACUCAGCCCUCAGCCCUCCCUUUUUACCACCUGGCAGCAGCAAAGCACCCUGGGAAGAGCUGAACGAAGGAAGCCCCCUCAGUGUAAUCAACAUUUUCACCAAAAAUCGCCAUGGUAAUGUUAAAGUGGGUGGAGUGAGUGAGAGGAACUCUCCCCCGGCUCAUUCCCUGUAUUCCGAAAAUGGCCCUAAAGGCGCAGAAGUCUAUGAAGAAGACUUUGUCUCGUCACAUAGCAGCAGAGCCAGCGAUAACUUAAAGAGAAGGUCCAAUUCACCCAGCGUAAACGGUCACUUCGAAGAGCUGCUGAGAAGAUCUCCUUUGGAAAAAAGUACAAGAGGCAUCAAUUCGCACUAUUCAUCUUUUCACUCCCCCAGUCCCUCUCAGCAUCGCUCCUCUGGUUCACCGUCUGGCUCCUCACCUCUCUCCAGGCACUCAGCCAGAAAAAGGGGUACAGCAUCAGACCAAAGUGAUGCCACUCUAGUGGAGGAGCAGAGGAGCUCUUGCUCGCCUCUUUCAGAAGCCCUAUCCUCUGACUCCAGAAAGAGAGGCUCAGACAAAAACUCUGCCCACACUCACACCAAAAUCCUCCCGUCUAAUGAUGCCGUAGGAGACGGUUCAGGGCGUUCUCCUCACAGACCCAGGCUGGCUUCUCCUUCUGGCUCUCCAGGGUCACUUUCUCCUCAAGAUGCAUUCUCCUCCAGUGAUCUUGGAAGGAAUGGCUCUCAGAGCGCAAAUCACAUGAACAAAGGGACCUCUGCACAAGCCGGAGAGCUCCAGUAUUCGCCUGCUGUCCUGCAGCAGCGCAUGGCCGUAGAGCUGCAUUAUUUGGAGUCCAUUGAGGAGUCGAUCAAGCAGCUCGGGGAUGUGGAGAGGCUGAUGGAUGUGUCCAUGGCGCAGCAGGAGAGUGCCUCGUUGGCCCAAAUGCUCGAGGCCAAGCAGCACCGGCAUGAACGUGAACUCUACGAGUUGAAGAUCAAGGCUGAAAGAGAAGCUCUUGAGACAAAGCUGCAACUGGAAGAAAACAGACAACGAGUGGCCAGGGCUCACAUAGAACUACAGGAAAGCUUGGCAGCAUCUCAAAAAGAGGCUUUGGAAGGCCUCCAGGAAUCAACUACUAAGAUGAUGAGCCAACAGGCUGAGGCAGCACGGCACACAGCGGAUGCUGCCCGACACAUUAAGGAGAUGGCAGAGCUGGCACGCUCCCAGAUUGCGGGAUCCUUGACUCUCCCUCCUGUUGCCACGGAUUCUGCCAUGUUGGACUACCUGGAAGAACAUGGGGAAGAUGGAAUUGGCUCUAUAGAAGUGGAGGAUAAACCACACUCUGACAGUGAAAUGUCAAGCAGAAGAACCAGAUCAGAAGAACCACUGUCUUCACUGAACAGUCUCAGUCAUUCUGAUUCAGCAUCCUUCAAAAAACCAAGCCUCAGUGGACCUACUUCAAGUGGCAGCCUCCACAGUUCAUCCCUCGUCACGUCAGGGCACAGAGAAAGGACGAAAAAAGAAGCAGAAGAGGGGAAACCGAGGACCAGGAGAACUGACGACAGGGAAGCAGCCCAGAGUUCCAUUGAGGAGGACAUUCCUCAGGCAGCAAAUUAUUCCCUCUGCAGUGAAAGCAUCCCCUCUGUAGUGGAUGAUAAAGGAGAGACUACAUCAGUGGCCACGGAGUAUUCGUUUAAGUUUGAUGAGUCCAUGACAGAAGAUGAGAUAGAGGAACGCUCUUUCCGUUCUCUGCUCCCUUCUGAGGCGCAUCGCCGUGGAACUAUGGAGAUGAAAUCCCGCAACCACGAGGAAUCAGAGGAUGAUGGAGCCAACCACAAUUUAACGGUGCUUUCAGGGACAGAGACACACAAUACUUUUAAGUCUCACGACACACACAUAGCCUUUUCAAGCGGUCAGGACAGCUUUUCCCAGUUCACUAUGGACAUGGUGCGUCAGUACAUGAAGGACGAGGAGGUAAGGCUGCAGCACCAGAGCUCUCUGCUCCAUCUCCGUCAGAAAGCGCUUAAGGAGAAGACCAGAACGGAGCUAGCCUGGCUUGAGCUCCAGAGAAAGAGGCUCAGAGACAAAGGCGAGGAUGAUAAAAUGCCACCAAUCAGGAAGAAGCAGAGGGGACUUUUGAUUAAACUGCAGCAGGAGCAGGCUGAGAUCAAACGGCUCCAGGAAGCCAACAAAGCAGCAAGAAAAGAGAGGCAGUUGUUGCUGAAACAGCAAGAGGAGAUUGAACGGAUGAGAAACUCAACGCUCAGACUAAAGGAGAGACUCAAGUGUGCUGAGGGCCAAACUCCUCCUGAGACUCCAGUGUUUGAGCCUCCGAGGUCUGAGCCAGCCGCUGCAAACCUGAGGCUUCCUGAUGAGGUCCGCAGCCCCUCUCCCUCCCCCUCCAUUUCUGGAAGCGAGACCAGCAGCAUCAUGCAGAAGCUGAAGAAAAUGCGCUCUCACACGGAUGAAAAGUUCCUGACCAAGCGGGAGCAGCGGCUGAUGCAGCGCCGGCACCAUGCCGAGGAGCUGCUGCAGUGGAAGCAGCGCCUGGACCAGGAGGAGGCAGAGGUCCAUCAAAUGGAGAGGGAGGCCCUGGCUCUGUGGGACCAGAAGAAAAGCCUGGACAAGGAAGCUGAAAUAUCACUGGCUCAGGGACAGGAGAUCUCAGAAAUGAGCUCCCACCUCAGUCCCCAGCAGAGGUCUGAGCCCAGAACCGAUUGCGAGAAAGAGAUUGUGAGUGAAUGCGACUUUUCCUCGGAGACCCCUGACUCCAGUGUGCACACAGAGGGAUCCGGAUCUCAGCAGCAGGGAAGUCCCACCUCAGCACAGCCUGCUUCAGUUCCUUUGACCUCAGUCCACACCAGUCCUGCUAAUUACACCCAGGACUUUACCUCAUUGUCACAGCCAGCAAGCAGAAGGUCGUCUCUCCUCAAAGGCAGCUCCAUCUCUGCUGCUUCUCCUUCAGACGCCAGCAGUAAAACCAAGAUGCAGCUCCGCUCCACAUCCCAAACACCCACUGAGGUCUCUGGUCAGCCUCCUGAUCCUCGCAUGGCCACGCAAGCUGAAACCACCUCAGACCAGAGUGACAUAGAGAAUCGUAUCAGGACCCUGAAGGAAGAGCUCAGAAAACGGAAGUUUAUGGCUUACCAGCUGAAGAAAGAGCAGAAAAAGCGUCACAAGGAGCGUCUUAAGGCACAGGAGGCGAGCCUUUUGAAACAACUGGAGAACUAUAAUAACUUCAUUGAGAAAACUAAGGCCGAACUGAACAAGGAGCCAGUAUCAACGUCUGAUAUCAACUCACAGAGCAAAGAUUGCAGCUCUGUUUUAGAGCAGUCAUCUACUAAACCGUCUCCACAAAGGACCGAAGCCAGCUUAAACCCGCCCUCUGAAAAGACUCUUAUCGGUGCAUCAUUACAUCACAAAGCCUCUGCUCGGGAAGAGGAGAGCGGGUCUACUUCUGCGCCUAAAGACUUGUCUGAUGAGGAGCCUCCGACUCCAGUUGAGGAUGUGUAUGGUGAAACAAAGAGUGGCACCCCAGGACAGAGGAGCCAUCAGUCAUCAGAGAGCCGUUUAAGGCCCUCAACCAGAGCAGAGUCUGGAGAUGAGAGGGUUUUAACCGAGAAUAGAUCUGAUAUUCAGGAAGAGCUGGAGUUGGAAGUUAGCUCCAAGUUUGAGGAGGAGCACUCUCAGCAUCUAUUCCAACUUGAGAAAGAGGCCCCUGAGCCCCAGCAGAGGUUGUUAACACCUGAUGGAGAUCGUCAGCAUUCUCCCUCUUUUUGCCAUGAGCAGGAUAAACGGGUGAAUCGCAGCGAGAUAUCGGAAGCGAGGGAAAACGCGUCACCUGAUGCCACUUCUGGUCAACACGCCUCCCCGGCAAUGGAUCUGGAACUUUCACCACACGCAAGCUACUCUCCAGCCAGCAACUCCCCCGACUCAGUGGCCCUCUCCUCAAAUAACGAAGCUCCUCCACGCGAUGUCGAGGUCUCUCCCACAGCAGAUGCUUAUCACGAUGACUUUGAGUCAACAGGGUCCUCGCCCAGACAAGAGUAUCAUUAUUCUAAGCCAGAGUCACAGAUCUCAGGUUCCCCCACUGAAACGAAGGCUUUGAGAAAGGACUCCUACAGCAAAUCCCUCACACAUGACAGCCAAGACGAAGCAGCAGAGGAGGAAAUAGCGGAGGAGCUGAGUCAUCAUUCUGAUGGGAGUGAGCGUAGCCACCAGUCUGGAAGUCUACUACUCGAUCUCAAUCAGCCGAAGGAAGAUUUCAAACACGAGAACAGCAGCAAUUCCAGCCGAGCGUCCCCCGUCUCCCCCCCGCAGAGCGGCUCCCCCUCCCCCGUCGCUGAUGAAAUGCCCAGUUUUAGCGUCGGAGAUCGGGUUCUGGUUGGCAGCGUCCAGCCAGGAACCCUCAGGUUUAAGGGGCCCACCAGUUUCGCCAACGGCUUCUGGGCAGGCGUGGAGCUGGACAAGUCUGAGGGCAGCAACAACGGCACCUACGAUGGAGUGGUGUACUUCGAGUGUGAGAAGCGCCACGGUAUCUUUGCACCUCCAGAUAAAAUCACACACCUCCCAGAAAAGUUUGAGCUCUAUACAGACACCACCGAGGACGAGGACUCGUUCCUUGAUGAUCAGCCCGAUAAAAAUGGAAAUAAACAAAAGCGAAGUCAAGUUGAUUCCCAAAAACAAGGAAAUCUAGAAAAUGAAAAUGAACACAUUCCUCGUGAAGACACUAAGUCUGGAGAGAAAAAGCUUAUGGAUGAGGAGAACGAGGCUCAGCUGGUGAACAGAUCCUACCUCAAUUCACAGCAUCACAAAGAAUCCCCACAUCCAGUUCCCAAUGGGAACGCUGGGGACAUCAUUUUGGAUUUUAGAGACGCAUCACAAACUUUCAUCAUCUCCGAUAAGCAGACUCAGAAGGAGACUGCUCCCCUCAUUAAGAGCGAGGAGGAGGCAGAUUCUGAGCAGCACUUUUCUGCUGGUGAUCUCAGCAUAGCAAUCGAUAAUGAUGAGGGAGAACAGAAGGGCAGAGAUGUGCUUGACACAGUCGCGGAAAAGCUUCUCAACAACUUCGUGAAGGACACCGUGAAGCAGUUCGCUGAAAUAAAAAAGGCUAAAGAGCAGAAGAUCCGAGCGGCCAACCAGAUGAACGAGAGCUCGUUGGGCUCGAAAGAUGACGAGGAGUGGAUGGUUUCAGUUGAACAGAAAGACGGUCUACCCUUCUUUCUACCUGUUGAGAAAGAGGAGCUGUCCUCUCCAGAACUGUUUAACCGACCUGAGAGUCCAGUGUUUGGAGCCAGUGGGCAGGAGGAGCUGGCCAAGCGCCUGGCUGAGCUGGAGCUGAGCCGCGAGCUGUUUGAUGAGAUAGCUGAUGAUCAGGACUGGUUUGAUGAGGACUAUGGCCUCAGCUCGCGUAGAGAGCAGCAGAGGCUGAAACUGAAAGAGGAAAGGGGAAAGCUGGGUGGGGAGUCUGCCACCCCCCCGAUGGGAGGCAUGGGUUCCUCAUUAGCUGGGGAGCCUCAGGUGAAAACCCCCCCGAGGCCCGAGCUGCCCCUGCCCCUUCCUCCAAAACUGCCUGAGCAGCCUGCCAUGGUUGUGCCCCACUCAGCCACUGAGGUGGAAAAAAUGGUCCAUGCUGCCACAAAAGAGAUCUGGGAGACUUUCCACCUGGGCAGAGAGGGAGCUCUGACCCGUGCACCCCCGUCCAACCCCAGACCCUCAGUAGAGUUUCUUGGCAAAGAUCCAAGCAGCCGGGACCUGGAGGCCCUCUCUAUCCGCAGCUACAAAAAGGCCGUGUACGACCUGACAUGGGAGAUACUUCAGGAUAUCUACGCUGAGGAGCCCAACGCAGACCAACCUCAGUGGGUCAAAGCACACCGAGUCAAAUCCUCCUCAGUCCACAGAGUCAAAACCUCCGGAGACAUCAACAAAAUUCAGGAAUUUGUCACGGCUGAAGUGCUAAAACUGUACGGCCUGAAACAAGACCAGAGCCAGAAGACCGAUUGGCAGAAGAUGCUGAAAUUUGGCCGAAAGAAGCGGGACAGAGUGGAUCACAUACUGGUCCAGGAGCUCCACGAGGAGGAGGCCCAGUGGGUGAACUACGACGAGGACGAGCUGUUUGUGAAGAUGCAGCUGGCCGACAGCAUCUUCGACGCGCUGCUUAAAGACACUGCCAGCGCGUUCACACUAAUAUCUGAGAAGAGGGCCGGCAGAGACCCGGCCUCCUGACGUCUGCCGUCUGCAGCAGACGCCCCCCCACAGCCAGCACCAGCCCACGUGCCAACAGCAACCCUCAGAGGCCUUCAGUCCCCCCGCUGACCGUCCGCCCAGCCACUGGCGGCCAUGUCUGUGAAGUUAUUAGCUCCAUCUGCACACCCAUGAUUCGUGUGACACACAGAACACCUCUUAAGCAAUCCAGCCUUCCUGAACCCGACCCCCAUCCAUCCUCAGUCCUCCCCUCCAGGACGGGCUGUUAGAGAAGGAGUGGAUGUGCUGGUGGGACCAGCUGGGCCAUCUCUGAGCACGGGGAGGUCCACCAUGCUGCUACGCCUGUUGUUCCAUCCAAGACUUUGACUUUACACCCCGUUGGAACAGCAGGAAAAUGUUCAGUUUUGUAAUGAAAUGUGCGUAGAUUAACAAAGACAAAAAAGUAGAUGCAAGAACAUACAGUGCAGCCUGUGUGUUUGCCUUAAAUGGGAAGAGUUUAAAUUUAGGCAAAGAUUACUCUUGAAUCAAUUGUUUCAAAUAGCCCUUAGAGAGUAUUUAGCAAUUAAUGCUACCAGAUACUUUUCCUUUUGGCUUUGAACCAUUAAUUGGCUCUAAAUUGUGGGAAAUAUCUGAAGCUUUCGUCAAACCCCCGUGUGUCACAGAUGUAGCCGGGCUGCAUUGUAUCGGAACAUCACUGUGCUCAGAUUCCUCACAAACCUCUGCUUCCUUUAUUUAUUCUGCUAAAGCCUUCGAUUCAAGCAGGGGGAAGCAGCAACUCAUCAGCAAAUGGAGAAGACGUCAUUUUGACGUCGUGUAAAGAAAUAUCUAAUGUUAUUGUAAAAGCACAAUAGAAAAGUAAAUGUGAAUAUGGCAAUACGGUAUGCUGGAGAAGGCAGCAGAAUUGAAUGUGGAGGGUAAAGUUGUGCCGUGAGGGCUGAACCGCACAGCUGGUGAACAGCUGCUCACUCUGUGUCUACGUGUUUUGAAACCGUCUCUUAUCGUCUGUCCACAGGCUGAAAACAUCUCAGCCUCCACAAAUAAGGGCCCAUCCAAAGACUCGUGCACCAUUACAGUCAACUUUCAUGUCUGUAGAGCCGGUUAACAGCCUUGUACUUUACCCCCUCCAGCAGCUUUUUUGGUUUAGCUACACUAAGUGACCGUCAGAGUCCAGACCGACAGACUUACUGCCCGUUUGGACUGAGGCUGUCUUUUCCCACGUUCCAUUCAAGUGCCUCUUUAAGUUAACUGAGCUUUCUAACUUGAUUUUCUUGAUGUUUCAGCAUCCUUUGGACCUCUCUUUCUCAUUUCUUGCAUCCUAGCAUUUCGUAAAAGACUCUCCGAAUGACUGUGCUUCCUCCCGACCGACGCCCCCACCCCUUAAGUUUCUGCCUUAUCUCUGUCUGUAUGAAACCUGGUCCUGUAGAGGAGGCUGUUGGGACGAGCAGAGGAUUGUAUCCCGGGGCUCACUGGGUCCCUACGGCAGAACUCUGAUCCCUGCUGACUGGAGCUCAAGUGGCCUUGAACUGUAAACCUUUUUCUGUUGUUUUUUUACUGUCAGGGCUCUGUGGUGUAGGCUCACAGUGUCAGGGUGUAAAGUAGAGGAAGACCAAACCGGUUUGAUACCAGUCCUCCUGCUGCCUGACUCGUCUGGAACAGUAGUAGUGGCACGGUUAGUACCUUACAGAGCUAAGCAAAGCUUUCCUGCAAAGCCUCUGGCGUUUCCCUUUUCAAUCGAUUGUAUGUGGGACCACCUCGUGUUCCCCUCUGUAACUAUGCAGUACCAGAUCAUUUUCAUUGUUUUUAGUGGAUGGACCAAACAGCUCUGACCUCUGCUGUAGUCUGUAAAUAAAGCCAAUGUUCUAGAAGCUUCCAGCUGUUUGGAUGUGGUGCGGAGGCUCCGAUCCACCGGUCUAAAGUCAGCGUUUGUUAUUGGGAGCUGGAGCAGGCCUUACUUUAAACCAGAUAUUUAGGAUUGAUCAGGACAAAAUAGGUUUGUUUUUUCAAAUUGGCACAAAAUAUUUAUCAGAGGAACUCUGUCAGGCUAGAUUACCCUCCUCUCCUUUUGAAAUGUUUAUGAAUAUUUAUAAUAAUGUUCUGCAAGUGUGUGUUAAGGACACUUGGAAGACCUGUACAAUUCUUUUUUUGGGUGUAAAUAUACUCUCUCUCCAAUUAGACGCACUGCUGCUGUCACCUGAGUGGUUGUCCAGAUAAGCAGUGUUUACUUUGCAAAUAUGUACAUAGUAUAUAUUUGUUAACUAAAUGAAAUUGACUGUGUAAAUAAAGCUUUCAUUGUU